CAGUCCCAUAUUAUUUAUCCAAAAAAAAGAAAUCACACAGAAGCCAAAAACCUUCCAUAUCCGCCAAAAAUGGCACCCGCUCAAACCACCACACCCAAGAAUGCACUGGUCUUCGUCCCAGCACCAGGAAUUGGUCAUCUUGUAUCAGUCAUGGAGUUUGCAAAACGUUUGCUUGAAAGAGAUGACAGUUUCUCCAUCACAAUGCUUCUUAUGUCCCCACCAUUUGCACAUGAUGUUACAACCUAUGUUGAGAAACUUAAUGCAGCUCACCCAGAAUUUCAAUUUCUUGGUCUGCCUUCUGUAACCCCACCACCCCUAGAAGAUGUUCUUGCUUGUCCUGAACAUUUUGUGUCAGUUUUCAUCGCUGAUCAUAAGAACCAUGUUAAGGAUAUGAUUGUCAACCAUGUUUUGUCCAACAAGUCAGUUAAACUUGCUGGUUUGGUUCUUGAUUUGUUUUGUACUGCCUUUGUUGAUGUUGCCAAAGACCUUGGUGUCCCUUCUUAUAUUUUCUUUGCUUCUGGUGCUGCUUUUCUUGGUUCCAUGCUUUACCUCCCUGAUAGAUUUGACAAGGGAGGAGUCACCUACAAACCAACCGAUCCUGACUCUAUUAUCCCUAGUUACAUCAACCCAGUUCCCUCCAGGGUGUUGCCAAGUUUGUUGUUCCAUGAUGGUGGGUAUUCAACUUUCGUAAGCCAUGCUAGGAAAUUCAAGGAGGCAAAGGGUAUCAUUGUCAAUACAUUUGCAGAGCUAGAAUCCCACGCUGUUAACUAUCUUAAUGGCGAGGCAGGUGUACCCCAUGUUUACACUGUGGGGCCAGUGGUUGAUCACAAGGGCAACAGUCCAGUAGCUGAUGGGAACCAACGUGAAGAGAUCAUGAACUGGCUCGACGCUCAGCCACAGAAAUCAGUGGUGUUUCUGUGCUUUGGAAGUCAAGGGAGCUUCGGUGUGCCUCAAUUGAAAGAGAUUGCACUUGGGCUUGAGCAAAGUGGCCAAAGGUUCUUGUGGUCUAUUAGGAGACCACCUUCUCAAGAAUCUUUGAACCCCGGUGAAGUUAAUGAUUUUAGUGAGCUUUUGCCCGAAGGGUUUCUGGGCAGGACAAAAAAUGUAGGGUUUAUUUGUGGGUGGGCUCCUCAAGUUGAAGUCUUAGCCCAUAAAGCCACAGGUGCGUUUGUGUCGCAUUGUGGAUGGAACUCAAUUUUGGAGAGUACUUGGUAUGGUGUGCCUGUUGUAACAUGGCCCUUGUAUGGUGAGCAACAAAUCAAUGCAUUCCAGUUGGUAAAGGACGCAGGAGUGGCAAUUGAAAUGAAAAUGGAUUACAGGAAGGAUGGCGGUGAGGUUGUGAAGGCAGACCAAGUAGCAAAAGCAGUGAAGGAUGUGAUUGAAGGUGCUAGUGACGUGAAAAGCAAGGUUAAAGCAAUGAGUGAAACUGGCAGGAAAGCACUGUUGGAGGGUGGAUCUUCAUAUGUGGCAUUUGAAACCUUGGUUGGUGUUUUGUCAGGAAACAAGGCUUGAAGAACUUGCACGCCAUGUUAAAAUCUGAGGUUGAUUCUGCACUUACGUACGUAUGUUACCUCUUGUCUUGGUUCUUUUGGGUGAUGAUGCUAGUGCUAUGCGUCAACCCUAUUAGAUUUGGUUUUGGUCAAUCUUCCUUUUUUUUUCUCUUUCUUUUUUGUCUAGGAUGAGUUCAUGGUUGGUCCCAAAUGCCUCCCCUCUUGUACUCUCAAUAGUCUACAAUAAAAUUAUCUCUUAAUUUAUCAAGAAA